AUAUAUAAAUAUGCACUUCAUAACCCAAAAACAGGAAUCAACUCCGGUGGGUUUUCUCCACCAAUCACAGCGCAGGAGAGGCGUGGCCUGACAGAAUACAGGUGGGAAUAAAGAGCGCGAGCUGAUAACUAGGAAAAGAAACUGAUGUAAAGAAGUUUAGGGUUUUGCGGUUGUUUUGCGGUAAUUUGCGGCUUUAUUAUCAGCGUUUACACAAAUAAUAAUAAUGUACUGAAGUUUAGAUCAGACUGUUUUCGAUUACUGUAGUUUAAUCCAGUCGAUUAUUCGCCCAGUUUUCUUUUAUAAAGUGUGUAAAUUAGGGAAGAAUCGCGAAUAUAAACACGUGUGUUUGUAUACAAGUGAAUUAAGAAUAGAAUAGCGAGUUCUGAUCUGAAGUUCUGGUCUGAUGGGAAGACAGAUUUCUUUCUUCGUUCAGGAAAGCGAAAGUGUUUCUGUUCAUACUUUUACUUUCGUUUUGAGUCGCUCCUCUAUCUCACUCUUUACUGCGCACACGUGUGCACACUCAGUCACUCCGUCUCACCCCACAGAGAGUGAUCUGUAAUUAUCACUCUCCAGCUCUACAGACCACCCUGGGGAUCAGACCGUCCUCUGGCUGUGGAGUAAAUGAGGCUGCCGUCACCGAUGGAGGAAUCAGGAAGACACAUGAGGCUGAGGGAGUGGCUGAUAGCUCAGAUUGACAGUGCUCAGUACGCUGGUCUGAGCUGGGAGAACCAGGAGAAAUCCAUGUUCAAGAUCCCCUGGAAACACGCCGCCAAGCAGGACUACCGGCAGGACGAGGACGCCGCGCUCUUCAGGGCGUGGGCGGUGUAUAAGGGGAAGUACCGGGAGGGGCGGGAUAAGCCGGACCCCUCGGCCUGGAAGACACGCCUCCGCUGUGCCCUCAACAAGAGCACCGACUUCAGGGAGGUUCCAGAGCGCAGCCAACUGGACAUCUCUGAACCUUACAAAGUGUACCGCGUCCUGGAGGACACUGACAAACCCACAGAGCUUGUGGCUGGUCAAGUGGCGGGUGCAGUGGCGGGUACAGUGAGGAUGGGCCGGGCGCUGAGGGAGCCGAACGCUGUUCAGGUCAGUGUAAAAACCGAACUAAAAAAUAACGGAGUAUCAAACGGUAAUACAGAGAGGCGAGUGGACGGGCGGUUGAAUCUGCACGGCUCUAAUGGCGCCACUGGAUAUGAAAACUCUGCUCCAGCCUAUUUCUAUCUGCUGCCACCUCAGGGCUCCAUCUCAGAUUUCAGACUGCAGGUGCGGUUGUUUUACCACGGGCAGCUGGUGCAGGAUCUGGUCAGCAGUUCUCCUGAGGGCUGCUUUAUCCUGCAGGGUUCGGCGCCGGUGGGCAGCGAGAAGAUUUACGGGCCGUGUGCCGCCGAGCGGGUCUUCUUCCCGCAGCUGGACUCCGCCUCCGCCGCCUCGGGCAUCGUAGACGCCAUGAGCCGCCUCCUGCCGCACCUGGAGAAAGGUGUGCUGGUGUGGGUGGCGCCGGACGGCAUCUUCAUUAAGCGCUUCUGUCAGGGCCGGGUGUACUGGGACGGACCGCUGGCAGAACACCGAGAGAAACCCAACAAGCUGGAGAGAGAGCGCACCUGCAAACUGAUGGACAUGCAGAUAUUCCUCCACGAGUUACAUCGCCAUAUACACGCUGCGGGACCAAGACCACGCUAUGAGAUCGACCUGUGCUUCGGGGAGGAGUUUCCUGAUAUCGGGCAACCGAAGAGCAGGAAGCUCAUCACUGCACAGGUGGUGCCCUUAUUUGCUAAAGAGCUGAUUUCCCGGCUCCCGGUUCCUCAGGAUCUGAGGGUGGAGAGAAGAACCGAAGCAGAGAUCCAGAACAUCCAGAACAUCAACCCAUCAGCGAUGGAGGGCAGGAGAGGGGCGGAGCUUCAGAAGUGAGACCCCACCCCUCGCACACCUGAUUCGCUGGGGGAUUAACCCAUCCAGCUACCAGAAAUUAAAUAUACACUGUAAUUAGUCAUUUGCUAUGUGAUCAAAAAGCAGCUA